AUGCCUUUUGCUCAGCUCGUGCUGGGCAGCCCGGGUGCUGGCAAGAGCACCUACUGCGAUGGCAUGCAUCAAUUCAUGAGCGCCAUUGGUCGCGACUGUUCAGUCGUUAAUCUAGACCCUGCCAACGACCGAACAAACUAUCCUUGCGCUCUAGAUAUACGGAAGCUGGUGACCUUGGAAGAGAUCAUGUCCGACGAUUCCCUGGGCCCGAACGGUGGUGUGUUAUAUGCAUUUGAAGAGUUGGAGCACAAUAUGGAAUGGCUCGAAGAGGGACUGAAGGGGCUUGGAGAGUCGUAUGUGCUGUUUGACUGUCCCGGCCAAGUCGAGCUGUAUACCCAUCACAACUCACUACGGAACAUAUUCUUCAAGCUUCAAAAGAUGGGAUACAGACUGGUGGUUGUGCACCUUUCCGACUCCUUUUGCCUCACGCAGCCUUCUCUCUAUGUCUCGAACCUCCUUCUGACCCUCCGUGCGAUGCUGCAAAUGGAUCUCCCGCACAUCAACGUCCUUACCAAGAUAGACAAGGUUGCAGACUAUGACAAGUUGCCAUUCAACCUCGACUUUUAUACCGAGGUGCAGGACCUGAAUUACCUCCUUCCAUACCUCGAGGAGGAGGCACCAUCUCUUAGGAGCGACAAAUUCGCACGGCUCAACCAGGCAGUGGCGGAUUUGGUGGAAAAUUUCGGUCUCGUUCGGUUCGAGGUGCUGGCAGUUGAAAACAAGAAGAGCAUCAUGCAUCUCUUGCAUGUCAUUGAUCGGGCGGGAGGGUAUGUCUUUGGAGGCGCAGAGGGAGCCAAUGACACCGUCUGGCAGGUGGCUAUGCGCAACGAAUCCUCAAUGCUGGAAGUCCAGGAUAUCCAAGAACGCUGGAUAGAUGCAAAAGAUGCAUACGAUGAAGCCGAGCGGAAGGACGACGAGGAGCAGGCCGCAAGACUCGGCCACACUGGUACGGGGGCGACGACCCCGGACCUUGUGACGGAUGAUGGGGAAGAUGACGAGUUUGACGGUUUUCCUCCACCGCCGUCAGGAGAUAGUGGCGUAAAGAUAGUGAGAAGAAAUCAAUGA